UUGAUUGACGUUUUACGACGUUUAAUAAAAUAGUUUUUCAUUCUGUGGUGGUAACGGUAUUGUGAAGUGUAUAUUAUUAACAAAAAUUAGCAACAAAAGUGGUUUCACUUGAAAUUGAUAAAUAUUAAUGACCUUCUUACAAAGGUUUUUCAACAUAAUGUCCAAGACUUUAAUUUCACAUUAAUGAGUGACACUAGUAGUGAUUCAGAGGCGUCAGCAACCGAGCAUACAGCACUCAUGGAUGGCCAUAUAGCUGAAGCCCGUCCUGACAAGGAGAUAGCUGAACGCAUUGCAAGGAAAAGAAAAACCAAGUCUGAAAGCCAGCGAAACUAUGGUAGUGUCGAGCCAAGGGAAGGGGGUGGGUCAGGUGACCAUAGGAAUCCGGGGCCAAGUACCAACAACCCUGGAGUGCAGGCUGAAUCACAGGUUGAAGAGCUAGAGCUGAAGUAUGGUGCUCGGCAUGUCAUCAAGCUGUUUGUACCUGUGACUCUCUGUAUGCUUGUAGUAGUUGCAACUAUAUCCUCAAUCAACUUCUAUUCUGUCAAAGAUGUUUACUUAGCUUAUACACCUUUUCAUGAAGAGAGUCCUUAUGCAGUGACAAAAGUAUGGAAUGCUCUUGCAAACUCAAUGAUUUUGCUCAGUGUGAUAGCUCUUAUGACUGUCUUGCUCAUUGUUUUAUAUAAGAAGAGAUGUUACAAGAUCAUACAUGGCUGGCUUAUCCUAUCCUCUCUUAUGUUGCUGUUUUUAUUCUCAUAUUUGUACAUGGAGGAGGCAUUACGAGCUUAUAAUAUACCAAUGGAUUUCAUAACUUUAGCUUUCGUAAUGUGGAAUUUUGGAGUGAUGGGUAUGAUAGUGAUCCACUGGAAAGGUCCAUUGAGGCUUCAACAAGCUUAUCUUAUAUUUAUAGCGGCUCUGAUGGCUCUCGUAUUUAUCAAAUACCUACCAGAGUGGACAACAUGGGCCGUCCUAGCUGUUAUUUCUAUUUGGGAUUUAGUAGCCGUAUUAACUCCGAAGGGACCAUUAAGGAUAUUAGUUGAGACUGCUCAAGAAAGAAAUGAACCAAUAUUUCCAGCACUUAUUUAUUCUUCUACUGUGAUGUACUGCCUAGCAGCGCCAGUGGGUUCAGGUGGAGCCGCGGGGGGCGCCACCAGCGAGCCAGGUGAGCAGCGCGAGCUGCGCCCCCUGCACCCGCACGGAUCUAGGAUACGAAGCGGGGGUGCGAGCGGAGGCGGCGGCUCGAGCAGGUCUGGGGCGGAGGCGGAGGGGGAGGGGGAGGGCGGGUUCGACGAGACGUGGCGGGCGCGAAGUGCGGGGGGUGCGACGGGCGCAGGGGGUUCGCCGCGGCGGCUACGUGUCGACGGCACCGCGCCCGCGAACUACACCACGCGAGUGGAGCGACCUCGCCCACCGCCACCUGAAGUCGAAGACGAGAAGGGUGUCAAACUCGGCCUGGGCGACUUCAUCUUCUACAGUGUGCUGGUCGGCAAGGCGAGCUCGUACGGAGACUGGAACACUACUCUUGCCUGUUUUGUAGCUAUACUUAUUGGACUGUGCCUAACUUUACUUCUGCUGGCUAUAUUCAAGAAGGCUCUGCCAGCUCUGCCUAUAUCUAUAACAUUCGGACUGAUCUUCUACUUCGCGACUCGCGGCGUAGUCAAGCCGUUCGCGGACGCGCUCGCCGCUGAACAAGUCUUCAUUUAGCUACCGCCCAUACAUCAUUAGGUAAUUUAAAUAAUUAAUCAAAAGUAGCUUUUGUAGAUAAAAAUUUGAUACAAAAAUAAA